CCGGCCCGGGGAGGCGGCGGCGGGGCGGCAGGUGGUGCCGAGCAGCCGCAGGACGGAGCGGAUCGCAGCCGCCAUUAGACAAUAGGCGGCGGCUCGGGGCAGAGCGGCGCGGGGCGGCCGCGGGGCCGGGCCCGGCGCGGACAAAGGCGGAGAGGGAGGAACGGAACGGAGCCGUGCGGUGCGCGGGGGCCGCUGCGUGCGGUGGGCCGGGCUGCAGCCUGACAUGAUGUUUCCACAAAGCCGACACUCGGGCUCCUCUCACCUGCCGCAGCAGCUCAAGUUCACCACCUCCGACUCAUGCGACCGCAUCAAGGACGAGUUCCAGCUCCUGCAGGCCCAGUACCACAGCUUGAAGUUGGAAUGCGACAAGCUCGCCAGCGAGAAAUCGGAGAUGCAGCGUCACUACGUCAUGUAUUACGAGAUGUCCUAUGGGCUGAAUAUUGAAAUGCACAAACAGGCUGAAAUUGUCAAGAGGCUCAAUGGGAUCUGUGCACAGGUUCUGCCCUACCUUUCCCAGGAGCACCAGCAGCAAGUCCUGGGGGCCAUUGAACGAGCCAAGCAGGUGACGGCGCCGGAGCUGAAUUCCAUCAUCCGUCAGCUCCAAGCGCACCAGCUCUCGCAGCUCCAAGCCCUGGCACUGCCUCUGACUCCGCUGCCCGUGGGGCUGCAGCCCCCAUCCCUCCCCGCCGUCAGCGCCGGCUCCGGCCUCCUCUCGCUCUCGGCCUUGGGCUCCCAGGCGCACCUGGCCAAGGAGGACAAGAAUGGCCACGAUGGGGAUGCCCACCAAGAUGAUGAUGGGGAGAAAUCAGAUUAGAGUGAAGGGGUCGGGGCUGCUGGGGGGGGAGGUCCGUGCCAGAUGCAGCGUCCGCAGGCAGCAGCGCCCAAGGGCAGCACCAUGGCAGCCGCUGCGUGCCCCCUGCACCCAGCCCGGCUUCAUCCCGCACCUGCUCCGGCUCUGGCCGUUCUGGGGGCACCGCACCCACCGCUCCCCCUCGGUAUUUAACGACGACCCUCGAUCCUACUGGUUUCUGCACAACUCCCUGCCCCGACAGCCCCCCCUCC